UUAGGUUAUUUUACCUUCACCCUCAUCCUGAAAAACCCUAACUAUAUAAUAAAACAUCCUCUUCCAUUGGAGCUCCAGCACGUCGAAGGUUGAAGAUUCAGGCGAAGUCUUGGAAAGCCCUAUUUUUCCUUUGCAGAGUUCAGUUUCUUAGUCGUCAACAUGUCGAGAAGGAAGACUAGAGAGCCUAAGGAGGAAACUGUCACUCUUGGCCCUGCUGUUCGUGAAGGAGAGCAUGUUUUUGGCGUCGCCCACAUUUUUGCUUCAUUUAACGACACAUUUAUUCAUGUGACCGAUCUGUCUGGUCGAGAAACGCUUGUUCGUAUCACUGGUGGUAUGAAGGUGAAAGCCGAUAGAGAUGAAUCAUCGCCUUAUGCUGCCAUGCUUGCUGCACAGGACGUUUCUCAAAGAUGCAAGGAACUUGGUAUUACUGCUUUGCAUAUAAAACUCAGAGCAACCGGUGGAAACAAAACUAAGACUCCUGGGCCUGGUGCUCAAUCGGCUCUUAGAGCCCUUGCUCGUUCAGGCAUGAGAGUUGGUCGUAUAGAGGACGUAACUCCGAUCCCGACGGACAGUACUCGAAGAAAGGGUGGUAGGAGAGGAAGAAGGUUGUGAUUGCAAAAACCUCCCAAAUGGUCAAGUUCUUGGAGGAAAGGUCGCUCUUCAUUGUCUUCUAAAUUCACAACCCUAAUGAUCUGGUCAUUGGUUCUUUCAACAUUUUCCCAUUUUGAUUCGUGGAAAACCUUCAAAGACAACGAGUAUAGUUCACUUUUUGCUGUUUUAAUUAUUAAUUUGAUGAUAUCAACAUGACUUGUUUCGUAUAAACACAGUACUCUGUCAAUUUUCAAUCCUUUUCUCCCUCCAAUUCAUUACUUUAUCAAUACCUGGUGAUUUUGGU